GUAACGAUUGAAUACGGCGAUGAACCAGAUAGCCUCGUGAGAUUACCCUCCUGUUCGCUGGAACACUCUCCCAAAUCCUUCCAACUCAGCCUUCGUGGGGAAGAUUUCAUCCUAUCUACAUCAAACUUUUCUUCAAUGCAACAAAAGUCCAGUCGUUGGCGUGCAGAUGAGGACCAACUGCUCAUCGUUGAGUACAGCAAACAUCCCAGAGCUUCUCGGAUCCUGGCCAAUGGAGUUUGGUGCUUCCGUCGACUAGUUGUCAGAAAUCUCAGCCUCUACCCUGUGUCUGUACAAGUAGAAGCAGUUGGGGAGGAAUUCCACUUCAAAGAAGACAUUCCAAUGGAGGCGAGGGAUCGCACUCAUAUCAUCGAAACCUUGGAGUCACUCCAAGUCACAGGUCCCCUGCAUUCCAAAAAGUGCUUGAAAGUAGCCGCAAAUGAUGUGCAAUCAGUGAGAUAUGACUUUAAAUCUCAUUUCUGUAUGAAACGGUAUUUAUGGAUGUGA